GGCAGAGUGGCUGGCUGUGGUUGUGGUUGUGGGACGUCGUACAUGGGGGGAGGGACGCCAAAAGCAACAUGGCAUCGAGAUCUCUGCAAUGAGGGCGUGAGUAUGCCAACCAACCCCUUAAAAAGAUAUCGCAAUCGACGGCUUUUUCCUGUUACCCAUUGACUUAUACAAACUAAAUUAACCAGAAAUCCAAUAUAUAAUACUUAUAAUCCCUCAUAGAGAUAUGAGAGAUUCCUGAACCGAGGCAAAGGAGAUGGGGGUGGAGAUGGAGAAGGGUGGGUUGCAAAGGGCUGCUUUGCUUUGCUUUUGCUUUCCAAACCCUUUUUCUUUCUUUAUUUAUGAGGGUUGUUGUAUUUUCUUUUCUUUCUCUCUUCUUUUCUCGUUUGCGCCGGACCCGAAUCAGAAGCUAGGAAGGACUAGGUAGGCAGCCAGGCAGCAGAGUCAACUGAGAAAGAAGUCCUCACAAACGAACCGGUUCUGAUUCCAAGCCACAUAGCAGCGAGUCAGUGAGCUUUGUUUUACACAGAUGUUCUCCUAUUCUUUCUCUCACUUUUUCUCUUUUUUUGUUUUUGUUUUUGUUUUUUAACUUUACUCGCCACCACCCGUGUUCCCUCCCCCUCUCUCUCUCUCUCUGGUGUCAACGGGAACAAAAAGAGCCUCCUAGGAAGCUUCCUCCCUCCCUCCCUCCUUCCCACCCACCUCCUCCGCCAUCUUACUAAUAAAGCCUGCUGUCUUGCCACAGAAGGGCAUCUCUCUCUCUUUCUCUUUUACCCUAACCCUCAUCCUCAUCCUCAUCCUCAUCCUCGCGCAUUCCAGUUCCAGUUUACAGUUUGCUUGUCAAUGCAGACCGACGGUGGUUUCUGUGCUCCCACGGCCAGUAGGAAGAGAAAAUUCCCUUUGGAUGAUCUCAAUCAAGACCUCCUCGAAAGGGUUCUUUCGUGGCUACCGACCUCCGUCUUCUUCCGCCUUACUUCAGUGUGCAAAAGAUGGAAAUCAAUUGCAGAUUCUGCAACUUUCCAGCUAGCAUGUUCCCAAAUCCCCUCCAGGGACCCCUGGUUUUUUAUGGUUGAUCCCCACCUCAACCAAUGGGUCGUCUUCGACUCCGCCGAACGGAAUUGGAAAACCCUCAAUCACCCACCCCUCCUCCAGCUCAACCCCCACAUCGAUUCCAUUCCUGUUGCAGCUCAUGACGGAUUGAUCUGUUUCCGCAACUCCUCCGGCCACUACAUUGUCUGCAACCCCGUGACAGGCUCCACCAGGCAACUUCCUCCGCUUGAUAAACCCCCACAAAAUCAAUCCCUUCACGCCAUUGCGAUGAACUCGUUUUCCACAUCCCACCACUCAUACAAGCUUGUGCUGGUGUAUGGUGAACUUUCCUCCCUCACAUUUAGAAUCUAUAACUCAAGCGUGAACCUCUGGGAAGAAGAGAUCAGGCUGAGCAGAAAGGCUGAAAACCCUGAAAACUCUUUCCAAUCCGACCCAGAUGAUGAUGAUGAAACUGUAUAUUUCCUCAGUAUUACGGGCAAUGUAGUGGCGACCAACAUGCAGAGAAGCCCAUCUAAGCAGUACUCAUCAGUCAUCACUCGUAAAGAUGGUGGGGAAGAGAUCGUUUACUUCCUUAGCUCGUCAGGGACGGUGGUGUCCUGCAACCUCACCAGCAAACUCUUCUACGAGUACCCCAAGUUGCUGCCUGCCCUUUCCGAGUAUUCCAUUGAUAUAGUUGAAUCCAAGGGAGAGUUCUUAGUCGUUGUGCUGUCUGAAUUCCUGGAAACUGCCAGCCUCAGAGUGUGGAAAUUCGACGAAGACACGCGGGCUUGGCGUCAGAUUGCAGCAAUGCCGCCGGCAAUGUCCCAUGAGUUCUACGGCAAGAAGGUGGAUAUCAACUGUGCUGCUGCCGGUCACCAGAUACUAAUCUGCAUAAACUCCGGCGAGCUAUGCAGAUACAUUCUAUGUGACCUGGUGGCCAAUGAAUGGAUUGAGUUGCCCCAAUGUAUCAAGGAAGGUGAAGCCAAGGAGUUCAUGUCUGCCUUCUCAUUUGAACCUAGGAUUGAGGCUUCUGUAUGAGAAGAACAACCCAAUUUGGAGAAAGAUCAGAUGUGUAUUUAGGAGGAUUUAGGAGUGCUGUUUGUGAUUCUUUUUCUUGAUUAUUUAUCCUCACCUUAAGAUUUUCUUGUUCUUGAAACCAGUUGCUCAAUGGUAUGACAAUGUAUUGCCUUAUAUUGUAUCAAGUAUUUAGUCAUGUGAAAUAUCAUUUUGGAAAAAUGUAAAAUUUCUUCAUUCAAUUUUUAGCACGGAUUGAUUAA